AUGGCUGAGCCAAUCUGGAAAUCGAUUGUUGCCCAGAAGCAGGCGGAGAGGCUGUCCAAAAUCCCGACAGAAUGGAUAAUCCCCGAGGGCAUCUUACCCCCUGCGAAGGAUCAAUUCGUGCAGGACUUUCCCCAAAAGUCGGGAUUUUUCACCGAGCGUGAGCUGCAACUGACCGACGCCACGGCCUCUGAAGUGGUGGCUAUGAUUGCCUCUGGGGAGUGGACUGCGACCGAGGUCACUACAGCGGUGUGCAAGCGCACGGCUGUGGCACAGCAGCUGAUUAAUUGCGUGACCGAGAUUUGCUUCGAAGAAGGUAUCGCGAGAGCGAAGGAGCUGGACGAGUAUUUGAAGAGAGAGGGCAAAACAGUUGGGCCUUUGCAUGGACUUCCCAUAAGCCUCAAAGACCAGUUUAAUCUCAAAGGUCUCGACUCAACCAUCGGCUACUGCUCAUAUGCCAACAAACCAGCAGAGACGGACUCGACUCUCGUCACUCUUCUGGCCGAGGCAGGCGCCAUAUUCUACGUCAAGUCCAAUGUGCCAUCGACUCUUAUGAUGGGAGAGACGGUCAACAACAUAUUUGGCCGGACCCUCAACCCGCGGAAUCGAGAGCUCACAACCGGUGGAUCAUCUGGUGGUGAGUCUGCACUGGUGACCUUCCGCGCCAGCUUCCUGGGCGUCGGCACCGACAUUGGGGGCUCCAUUCGACAUCCGAGCUCGUACACGGGGUUGUACGCCUUGCGGCCGUCACACGGAAGGGUCUCGUACCAGAAUGUGACAAACACGUACUUGGGCCAAGAGGCAGUGCGAUCAUGCGCCGGACCCUUGUGCAGGAGUCCCGAGGACGUGCGGCUGUUUAUGUCGAGUCUUGUUGGAACGAAGCCGUGGCUGUAUGAUCCCCAGUGUCUGCCACUGCCGUGGCGGACGGAGGAGGAGAAGCUGCCAUCCAAGCUAUCGUUUGGCUUCGCUAUGGGAGACGGCCAUGUUACGCCUUCACCACCCCUCCGUCGCGCGAUGGACAUUACCAAAGCCAAACUCCUGGCUGCUGGACACGAGAUCGUCGAGUUCGUUCCUUAUGAGAUGGCCACGGCGGCUGAGAUCAUAUAUAAAAUGUGGGAGGCGGACGGUGGAUAUGAGUUUCAGCGCGAUACCGAUGCCACAGGCGAACCGCUCCAGGACUUCGUCGAAAAAUGGGUGGGACACAGCGCGGGAGUGAAGCCACAGACGGCAUUUGAGUCGUGGCAGAACCAACACCAACGGACUCUGCUGGCCGAGAAGUUCCUCAAUCGCUGGCAGAGAACGGCGGAACAGACAAGCUCCGGGCGGCCCAUUGACGCGCUGAUCAUGCCGUCGACGCCGUUCCCGGCUAUCAGGCACGGCGGUGGCUACCCAUGGCAGUAUGGCACGCUGUCUCCGCUGCUAGACCUGACAACCGGCGUGUUCCCCGUGACGAAGGUGGACUUGGAGAAAGAUCGGGUGCCGGAAGAUUGGCAACCAAUCUCAGCAAAGGACAAGGAGGUUAUGGAUUACUAUGGGAAGCCGGAGAAUCAUGAGGAUGCCCUUAUCGGGCUGACGCUGAUUGCCAGGAGAUUAGAGGAGGAGAAGGUCACUGCCAUGUUGCAUGUCAUCAGGAACGUGGUAGGUGUUGACUACUGA